GACGGUCAUGCACAAGGCCAUGAAUCCAUUCUACUUAAAGAGUGAACACCAGGGUGAAGGUAGAAAGAGAUCUGAUCUAUGGCGAAUGUUUGCAACAUGUCUGAGAUCGACGGAAGAAGUGGUUAUUGCAAAUCGAACUCUACUUUCUACAGCAAACGGAGGCCAGCACCAUUACCGGCCAACCAAACUCUUGAUGUGACUACGUUCAUCUCGGCGCGUGCGCACCAUGGCGUCACUGCCUACAUCGACGCAUCCACCGGCCGCCGCCUUACUUUUUCCGAUGUAUGGAGGAUGGUGGAGUCUGUGUCUUCGUCGCUUUCCGACUUCGGUAUCCGUAAAGGCGACGUCGUUUUGCUACUUUCCCCUAACUCCAUCUUCUUCCCCAUCGUCUGUCACUCCGUCAUGUCACUCGGCGCCAUUAUCACUACUACAAAUCCUCUCAACACUAAUCGCGAAAUCAACAAACAAAUCGCAGAUUCCAAACCAGUGCUUGCCUUCACGAUCCCUGAGCUCCUGCCGAAACUCGCUGAAUCAAAUCUCCCGAUCGUACUGAUUGGAUCUGGUAGCGGGAAGGGGAAAAUUGUGAGCACGCUAGAGGAAAUGAUGAGGAAGGAGCCGAAUCGGAACCGAGUUAAGGAGCGAGUGACUCAGGACGAUACGGCGACGCUUUUGUAUUCCUCCGGCACCACCGGAUCAAGCAAAGGCGUGAUCUCGUCUCAUCGGAAUCUAAUAGCCAUGGUUCAAACUGUUCUCGGACGGUUCCAGCUGGAAGAUCAACAAACGUUUCUCUGCACCGUCCCCAUGUUUCACAUAUACGGAUUAGUAGCUUUUGCAACGGGACUGAUGGCGUCCGGGGCGACCGUUGUGGUUCUGCCGAAGUUCGAGAUCCAGGAUAUGUUAUCCGCGAUAGAAAUGUACAAAGUAACGUACCUGCCGCUGGUGCCACCCAUACUCGUAGCCCUCGUCAAUAACGCAGAUCAAAUAAGGAAGAAAUACGAUCUCCGAAGCUUGAAGUGGGCGUUAUCUGGAGGAGCGCCGUUGAGUAAAGAGUUGACAGAAGGAUUCAUGGAGAAGUUUCCGGGAGUGACGAUUAUGCAAGGGUAUGGGCUGACGGAGACGACCGGAAUAGGGGCUUCAACCGAUACGAUGGAGGAGAGCCGGAGGUAUGGAACUGCUGGGAUGUUAUCGUCGAAUAUGGAGGCUAGAAUUAUUGACCCGGAUAGCGGAAAGGCGUUGGCGGUGAAUCAGACCGGGGAGCUUUGGCUCAAGGGUCCCACGGUGAUGAAAGGUUACUUUAGCAACGCGGAAGCAACAGCCUCAACUCUAGACUCAAGUGGAUGGUUAAGCACCGGAGACCUUUGCUACAUUGAUGAGGAUGGGUUCAUCUUCGUGGUCGAUAGAUUAAAAGAGCUCAUCAAAUAUAAGGGUUAUCAGGUUCCUCCAGCAGAACUUGAAGCUUUGUUACUAAUGCACCCGGAAGUCGACGAUUGUGCCGUGAUCCCGUUUCCCGAUAAGGAGGUAGGACAAUUUCCUAUGGCGUAUGUGGUGAGGAAAAAUGGAAGUAAUUUGUGUGAAAAGGGAGUUAUGGAGUUUGUUGCUAAACAGGUUGCUCCAUACAAGCGAAUCAGAGCAGUAGCGUUCAUCGAGUCUGUCCCCAAGAACCCAUCGGGGAAAAUUUUGAGGAAAAAUCUCAUACACCUUGCAACCUCCACAAGUUCCAGAUUGUAGAAGGAAAUUUGCGCUUUUGGGAAGGAUGAUCAUCUUAAUCAUAAUUCAUAAGAAGGUGUGGUUGGUUGGGGUGAGGGGUGAGGAAUGGAAAUUAUAAGGAAUAAUGGUGUUUGGUUAGAUAUAAUUUUUUUUGGAUUAUUUAUAUUUAUAUAAAAGUAGAUAAUCAUUAUUCAUGUCUUAUUAGAUUGGGUGGAAUGGAAUGAUUUUCCAUUCUCCCAACGU